AUGCUGUGCAACAACCAACAGUGCGUGUUGGAGAAAUGGCGCUGCGACGGGAUCAGCGACUGCCAGGACGGGACAGAUGAGUUGUUCUGCACAUUGUGCCCGGCAGGCGAACACUCCUGCUCUACCAUUCCCAAUCGCUGCCUGCCCGGUAGUUGGCGGUGUGACGGGAUUGUGGACUGCGAAGACGGCAGUGAUGAGAUGGAGUGUCCACCUUCGUUGUGUCCGGAGAGUCAUUACAGUUGUCACUCUGGACAGAAAUGUUUACCGCGCUACGCAGUGUGUAACGGCGUGGUGGACUGUGUGGGCGGGGAUGAUGAAGAUGCCGAGCUGUGUCCCCACGGCGGGCGGUGUGAGAAAGGUCACAUUGCUUGUGAGGACCGGAAGCAGUGUGUACCGUGGUUUCAGUGGUGCAACGGUCGGCAGGACUGUGAAGACAACUCAGAUGAGAAUAAUCAGCGGUGUCCGGGUGCAAGGAUGAUCAGCGAGCAAAUACGGAUCGACGCAAAUGAUGUUCGUAAUUUUCCUGUUUAUAUUUUACGGGUUUUGGUUUCCAGUCGGGCUGGCAAGCGGUAG